ACAGCAUAUGGUUUCCAUGCUCAUCAAUUGUCAUUAUCGAGAUGCUUCUCUGGUAGUCAAACGGCGAAACGCGACUCUCUCACCGGGGAAUACAGGAUAUUUACCGGCUGCAGCGUUUCUGUCCUCUCUGUUUCGUCUAGAUCACAAUCCUCUGGGUUUACUCCGAGGAAGAAGAUCAUUACUCGGUGUCUCUCCACCUUUCUGCUGCAACGAUGGCGCAAGACUCUGCUGACUGGAACAGCGAUGAUGAUCUGGAUUUCCAGAUUGAUAACUACCAGUCAUCUCCACCUUCGUCUCCACCGGUGGCGGCAGUCACUUCUUCAGAUGGGCUGUUUGCUACACUGAUUGAUAUGGGAUUUUCUACUGAGAACAUUGCUAGAGCAAUCGAGGAACAUGGACCAAAUGCAGAUACUAUGGUGAUUAUUGAUGCUAUCUCCAAAUACUCCGUUAACUGUGAAGCUAGUUCUUCCAAGUCCAAGACUAUUGAUCAUUUUCUGGCCAUGGGAUUUGAGGAAGAGAAGGUUAUCAAGGCUAUUCAUGAGCAUGGAGAAGACAAUAUUGAAGAGAUAGCAAAUGCACUCAUCUCUUCGGCAGUAACUGAUGCUGCAAAGGAAGAGGUAGCGCCUGUAGUCAAAGAAGAAGACGACUUUGACUGGUCUGAAAGCGAUGAUGAGAAGUAUGCCAAUUUCCUUAGCUCAGAUGAUGAGAGAGUUACAGACUCCUCCCCUGUAAACGAGGAUAAAUUGCGUUCUUUAAAGAUCAUGGGAUUCUCCGAGUUGGAAGCGUCUCUAGCUUUAGAGAGAUGUGGAGGGGAUGUGAGCGUUGGAGAUCUCGCAGACUUCAUUUAUGCCGCUCAGAUUGCUCGUGAAUUUGAUGAGUUUCAUGCUGACCCUGAAGAACAAAAGCCUAGCGUCAAAAAGAGGCGGAUGGAGGCAAGAAGAGAGUCCAGGUCAUCUGCUGAUGACGAGCCGAUCCGCCUGCCAAUUCCGAUGAUAGGAUUCGGUGUUCCAAACGAGCCGGGGCUCAUCACGCAGAGAUCUAUUCCAGCCAUAGCUCAACGGCCACCGUAUUUCUAUUACGAAAACGUGGCUCUUGCACCUAAAGGCGUGUGGGAUACCAUCUCGAGACACCUGUACGACAUUCCACCGGAGUUUGUGGACUCAAAGUAUAUCUGUGCAGCAGCAAGGAAAAGAGGGUACGUGCACAACCUCCCUAUCAGCGGCAGGUAUCAGGUUCAGCCACCUCCGAAGUACACGAUCAGCGAGGCGUUUCCGCUGUCCAAGAAAUGGUGGCCGAGUUGGGACAAGAGGACAAAGCUUAACUGCAUCCUGACAGUGAAUGCUAGUGCUCAGUUGACAAACAGGAUCCGGCUUGCCCUGGAGGCUCAUCCUGGAGAACCGCCUGAGAGUGCGAAGAAGUAUGUAAUUGAUCAGUGCAAGAAGUGGAAUCUUGUGUGGGUGGGAAAGAACAAAGCUGCGCCACUUGAACCAGAUGAAAUGGAGACUCUUCUUGGGUUUCCAAGAAACCAUACACGAGGCGGUGGCACGAGUAGGACCGAGCGUUUGAAAUCACUGGGCAACUCUUUUCAGGUGGAUACUGUUGCGUAUCAUCUCUCUGUCUUGAAACCCCUGUUUCCAUCCGGUAUCAAUGUGCUCUCCCUGUUCACGGGCAUUGGAGGAGCAGAAGUGGCUCUUCAUCGUCUGCAGAUUCCGAUGAAGACGGUCGUCUCGGUGGAGAUCUCAGCAGUGAACAGAAACAUCCUCAAGGACUUCUGGGAGCAGACUAACCAGAAAGGAACCCUGAUAGAGUUUGCAGACGUGCAAGACCUAAGUAACGAGAAGAUUGUGGAGUUGAUGCAGAGGUUUGGUGGAUUUGAUCUAGUGAUCGGAGGUAGCCCCUGCAACAACCUGGCAGGUGGGAACAGAGUGAGCAGGAGUGGUCUUGAAGGUGAGCAGUCUUCCCUCUUCUUUGAGUAUUGUCGGAUUCUAGAUGUGGUGCGUGAGACAACAAAGAAGAUGAGAAGAUCCUAGGCUUGAAUGUUCAUCAUCAUAACAGCAAUUUCAUCACCGUUGAGGAGGAUAAGUGGGUUUAUAAUAAUAGUAGUAGUAAAUGACUUCUUAUUCAGGCGGUGGAGUUAGAGAUACUUAACGUAUGAAACUUUGUGCAGACAAGUAUCUGUGAAGUAUUUCUUGUUUGGUUCUUAUUUUUUAGCUCUUGAAAAUGUAGUGAUUCUGCCAAGCUUUGAGAGCUCUGAUAUUAUUCUCAGCUUUAAAUAAUUUAGUUACAAAA